GAAGCGAGUAACUGCUUCCGGUUGAGGAGACCGUCAUGGCGGCCCCCAUAGCGAUACAUCUGGAGUUUGGAGGAGGAGCCGAGCUCCUGUUUGGUGGCGUAAAGGAACACCAUGUGACCCUUCCCAGUCAAUCAGAGCCCUGGAACGUGAAGCAGCUGCUGGCGUGGAUUCGGGAGAACCUGCUGAAGGAGAGGCCCGAUCUCUUUGUUCAGGGAGAUUCUGUGAGACCCGGUAUUCUCGUAUUGAUCAACGAUGCAGACUGGGAACUGAUGGGUGAGUUGGAGUACCAGCUUCAGGACCAGGACAAUAUUGUUUUCAUCUCCACACUUCAUGGAGGUUAACGGGCUCUAAAACAUCACACACAACAUACACAGGCUUCAUAUAUCCACACCUACAGUCUUGCACUACCCAUCCUCCAUCCUUAUACCGCUCAUCCAAUCCGUCGAGCCCAUCUUGACUUGUUUAGAUUUUUUUGGCCCAAUUAAACAGCACAUCAGUGGAGCGUGGGUUGAGAGAGGUUUGUCUCGGCACUGUACUUGCCCCUUGGUUCGAUGGACAGGGUCACAUCGGGGCACAUUCAGAGGUCAUCCUGUCUAGCCGACGUCCAGAUGGAUUCUCCAGAGACAUGCCCCAAUCACUCACAAUCUCGCUUCAUAAAACGGCAACAUUUCCAUUUUUUUGUUUGUGUCCGGGCAUUUUAGCUUUUCACUUGUUUUUGAAUGAAUAAAUAAGAUUUUUGUAUAAUCUUAUUUUUCAGAUAAAAUUUGUAUUUGGUAAAAUGUCUAGUUUUAAUAAAUGUCUCAUUGAUUUUGAGGUUCGAAAAAAGUCAAAUAUGGCUUAAGUGUAAUACGUUUCAGCCGCCUGUCUCAUGGUUUCGAUUUCUGCCUGGGAUUGUCAACAUUGCCUUGACAUUUUAUCUACCUUUAUUUUUUUU